AUGGAGAAAAAUAAGUUAAAAGAGCUCCAUUCAAAACAAUUUCGCGGACUGGCAAAGCUGUCUGAGCUGUAAGUAGUUUAUGUACUGAUCUGAGUUUUCUAUGGGUCUGGUUUCUGCAUGUAAGCUUAGAAUAUCUCAUUACGCUGAUUAUAAGACUUUACCUGAUUGACAAACUUUUUUCUCAUCGCAAUUUCCUGCGGAAAACGCUUACCCGAUCAAGUUUUCAUAUUUAGGAAAUUAAAGGCUCUGUGUUAUAACUUCCCUAUGUUUUUUCUGGAAUUCCUAAAAUAAAUGCAUGCGGAAGGUCUGAGGAGAUUACCGGAGAGCCUAUGGGCCGGUUAGGGUUAGAUAUAAUGUAGAUGAAUUUUCAGUAACAACUUGUUAAUAAAGUUUCGUCUUGUCACGAGCGUGGGACAAAGAAAAACAAUUGUGAGUCCCAAUGAGGAAUCGAAGCUCAGACCUCCGGAUUCCGCGCUUUGAUGCUCUGCCACUGAGCCACAGAGACUCCACGGUGAGCUAGGUCUAUCACGAAGUUCAUAGGACACGCGUGUGUUUGUAAAUUUUCCUCCCACUCAUGAAAAACGUUAUCGAUGUCCCGUUCUUUAAUUUCCGAAGUUCGCCAUACAUUUUCUUUUCUUUCUUUCUUCAUUAGCUAUCUGUCGGGAAACAAACUCAGAUAUUUGCCACAAGGAAUUUUCAAAGGCUUAAAGCAGCUUCUGAUUCUGUAAGUAGAAUAUGAAAGUCAUUUUGUGCUUAAUUUGAUCGAAGUGGUAUCUCAGUAUCUUCUAAUAAUCACACUUAUCAGUUUGAGAUGCACAAAUCAAUGCCCAAAAAUUAUGUGUAUUUUUAAUUUUUUUUUCUGUAAGAGAACUCUUUGACAACGAAUUGAAGAACGUUUCCAUCGACAACUUCAGAGAAAUCAGACAGUUAAAAAUUCUGUGAGUGUUUAAUUUUCAUAAAUGAUAAAAUGAGAAUCAGAUUAUGAAAGACACUGACUGCCAUCAAAGGUUCAGUCAAGAAAAUAAAAAAGGACAAAUCGAUACGCUAAGUUUGAAGCAACACUCCGGAAAUGCUCUUUUAUCCACUGAUUUCAUCCUUAUACUCUUCUCUUUAAAUAUCUACAUUUUCAGAUUUUUACAUUAUAACCACAUGAGGGAGAUUCCCUACGGAUUUUUUUAAGAGUUGAAGGAUAUAUUACGAGUGUAAGAUUUUGAUGUGAUUUAUUUGAUACGUUUACAAUUUAUUAGCAGAGCUAAUUCAAAUGUUUGUUAGCACAGAGCUUCAGGCAAAUGAGUUAGUGGUUUCUAUACUUUACUAAAUAUCUAUGGUUGGCUUUCUUAACCCAAUUGACGACUUUUAUAACAACCCCAUUUUGUUGGGUAACAAGCCUCACAAAGACUGCUAUUACACACUACGUUGUUUUAUGAUAUCAAAAGAAAAAUUUCCGAACAUAUUCAAUGAAGAUUCAUAGUAGCAAAAACCCCCAUAUGAGGAAAUGAAUUCUGAUUGACUGAUCUCACGUUACCUUUGCGCUCUUAGGGUAUAGGCUUUUGGUUUUUUCUUUUACUCUAUCCUUACGGACUGAAUAGCAUCAAAUUUUACGGUUGCAGGAGUUUGGACACAAACCUGAUGUGUUGUCAUAUGCACAAGGAGGACGCUGACUGUGCUUUCAUUGAUAACGACGACUUUGCCAACUGUGAAAACAUGUUCAAGAACCCAGUCCCGAGGAAGAGCAUAUGGGCAAUCGGCUCCCUUUCCCUGGCUGGGUCGGUGUUUGUCAUCACAUGGCGUUCAGUCUUUAAGGAUACAAACACGGUACAAUCAAUCAUGUUAUUGCACUUGGCAGUCUCCGAUGGUUUAAUGGGAGCAUACCUAAUCACACUGGGUGUCAAAGAUCUGUUGUGGAGAGGAGAGUAUUACUUGCAUGACGUCAAGUGGCGGUCUGGCUUGGCUUGCCAAAUAAUUGGUGCUACCUCUUUGCUAUCCAGUGAGGUCUCCUUGAUGUUGAUGGCUUUGAUAUCUGCGGACCGACUCAAGAACAUUGUGUUCCUGUUCAGAGGUGGAGCACUUUCGCGGAAAAUGACCCAAAUCCUUUGCGCCAUCAUAUGGCUCGUCGGCUUCCUCCUGGCUUUCUUUCCGAUGUUUGGCUUGAGAUACUUCGAAGAUCUUACAACAUAUCACAAUUAUUACGGAAAAAGUGUAGUCUGCCUUCCCUUACAGCUCUCUCGUCACAAAACGGAAGGCUGGGAGUACUCUGUUUCUGUAUUUGUUGGCCUCAAUUUCUUCCUCUUCAUAUUCAUCACAGUUGCCUACCUCGCCAUAUUCAUAAGCAGAGUGCGAGUUAAAAACCAAUCAGCCAACGCAAGGAGGGAGACCGGUCUGGCCAAGAGAGUGUCCUUUAUUAUCUUCACUGAUUGUCUCUGCUGGAUGCCAAUCAUUGUGUUUGGUAUGAAGUCGGUUUUGGAGAAGGAUUACAAACAAACAGGAGAUUUGGCUGUUUGGAUCGCCGUGUUUGCUCUGCCCAUUAAUUCAGUGAUAAACCCGAUUCUGUACACAUUAGCAACACCAAAGGUAAAGAACAACAUUUCCUCAUCAUCUCUGAAAUCUAAAUAAUUUAAGGGUAGACCCGGUGGUCUGACGGUUAACACGGUGGGUUCUUUAACGCACUGACAGGGGGGCUUCUUAAGCUAGACACUCUAACAGUGACUGUUUCCAUUCAGCCGUUUAAACGAGUAGUUUUAUACUGCCUGGGAAACUUAGCUUAUACUUCGUCCAAGUACUGGCCUGAAUGAUCCUGGUUGCUUCACACUACCAAGAGUGUGAUGAUUAUAAUAUAAAGACGUCAAGCGAGCAAUCGAUCGAGAUCGUUGGCACUUGUUACUAUCUAACAACUGAUAAGGGAAAAUGGUUGGUUGAUGGACGUCGUUGAUGAUAAUUGUCUCUCCUCCCCAGGCGCAAGAGUAUCUAGGAAGCAAAAUGGCAAUGCUGAGAAGCUUCAUACGGAGUACUUUUUACUGUAGUGAAGAUCAAGAGGGUAGUUAUGCCCAUUUUUCCAUUCUCUCUAUUACAUAGUUCAUAGACUAAAGUCGGAAACGUUGGUCUUAAUAGAAAAACGUUCUUUCUGUGACUAACACCACGUUUGAGAUAGAUAUCAUAUUGUAGUAGUAUUAAUCCGUUUAUUUACUCGUGCCUUUUUUGAUAAGGACGACAACAAGAUCCACAAGAGAUUGACGAUAACGGGCAACAAGAAGGUAACACCAUUAUAAUUACUUUGUGUCAAUUUAUUCUCCUCAGGAAUCAUUUUCAUUUCCAUUCAGUUUAUUUUCAUGAUGUUGUCCUCCAGUUCGUUUUUUAUCUUUGUUUUCCCACAUCAACAAGAA